AUGCCUGUUAGACUUGAACUCGAUGAGGUCGCACCAGGACUGCUUGGGCCAAUAUUGCUCGACCCAGUCGCCAAAGAAACAAUACCAGACAGAGUCGAGCUACCGCUAUUGCUUGUUAGACUUGAGCUCGCUGAGAUCGCUCCAGAGCUGCUGCUUGACGAGCCAGAAGCAGAAGUACUCGUACGAAUAACGCUUCCUGGAUCAGUAGUCGGACUUGCGACCCCACUAGCUGGAACAGAUGGGCUUGUGCUAGUUGAAGCACCUCCACCUACGCUUGAAGAGGAAGUCGAAUCGUCAGCAGUUGUCGAUGCUGAAAUAGUUGGGGCUGGUGUAGCUGAUAUAGCACUUGAGCCACCACCUUCAUUGCUUAGCAAAUUUGCACUCGAAACCCGUGUUUCGGAUGCACCACUCGAUGUGCCAGAAGAAGACCUGCUUAUGCUGCUGACGCUACCUGGGUCGACCGUUGAACGGGCGACCUCGCCAAUGGCAUCAGAGGAAAUGUUGCCAGCUGUGUUACCUGCGACGCUUGAAGAAGAACUUGAAACGAUAGCAAUUGUGGAUGCUGACGUAGUGGCUGCUGGUGUGGCGGACACUGAAUCCGAGCCACCGCCCGGAUUGCUUUGCACGUUUGAAUCCGAUAUCGAUGCAUUCAACGCAUUGCUCGACGAGGCAGAAGCAGGCCUGCCUGCGCCGCCAGCACUGUCUAGGUUGAACGUUGGACUAGCGACCUCAUUGACAGCGUCAGAUGAAAGGGCGCUGGCUGUGACGCCUCCACCAACGCCCAAAAAGGAACUUGAAGCCAUAAAAGCUGUGGGUGUUGCAGCACUAGAGGUUGAUGUAGCUGAUAUCAAUUCAGGGCCAUCACCUCCACUAAUUCGUGCAAUCGAACUCAACGUGAGCAUCCCCGGCGCAGUGCUUGAUGAGUCUGGAGUGAGUCGGCGUAGACUGCUGACACUACUGGGCCCUACAACUGACCCGAAACCCUCGCUGGUGCUAUUGGACGAUCCGAUGUCAACGAAGAUGCCGCUGUUAGCGGGUGAAGUGAAAGUUGACUCGAUGGUCGCCGUAGUCAUCGAGACACUGGAGGGCAGUAUGGCUGUUGUAGACGCCAAACCAUCGUCAGUAUUGGUGGAGUGA